AUGGCGACUGUCGUCGUCCAGCAGCAUACGCUGCACCACUCGACCCCUCCUCCGUCACCCAUUCCCUCGGCAUUGACUGUGAACCGACGGCCAAGCCCAAUUCCAAACAAACAUAUUCCCGUUUGCCCUACAGGGCCAUCGCCUGAGGUAUCUCCGCUGGAUUCUCCCGUACCGAAGACCCAGCACGAUCAACCCUCGUCCCUUCUGUAUCCGCCAGAUGCCUUCGUGCGCAUUUCACGACCGCCGGCCGCGACUGUUUAUGCUCUUGACGGGGAGACAUUAGCUGCUGCCAUGAAUCAUAUGGCAUCGCAACCCUUGCCUGACCCAAAUCAGAUGUUCCCAUGGUUGCAUGGUCUCCACGCCGAUAACCAUGUGCAGCUGGGCUUCUUCUCUAGUCGCAAGCGGGCCUCCCGUAGGUCUCCAAAGUGCUGGCGAGGAAUCACCGUCGUCAAGCUGGGCGGGGAUCUGACCAAGGCACGCAUCAAGGGCGCCAUCUCUGCCGAUGAAGUGCUGUCUCCGGCGUUGCGCUUCUUGAUGGCGGAUCCGCCGGAAGGCUUCUCGGUGCGGAACUUUCAGAUUCAGACGGCCAAACUCGCGGCCAUGUCGGAUAUCAUCGUCUAUGGUGAAGAUGGAGCCAGCAAGUCUGAGCUUCUUGCCUUGGCGGAGGAUUUCGCGACGGCGCAGCAAGCAUGGCGACUGAAGCAUGAUCCUACUCAAGAACGACCCACCUACAACACCUUUGUCGUCACCAGUACCUUCGCGGAAUUCGAGAAGAAAUUCCCCAGUAUGGUUGCCAUUGACGCAAAAGGCCAGAUCACUGGCGAAGUCAUGGAUUUCUCCCAAUGGGAGCGACUGGAAAUGCGCAGUAUGUCUCAGGCCUCGGAGAUAUCGGCGAAUGUUUGGCUCGGUCCAACUCCGGACUAUCUGCUGAGACCGGGCGCCUACGAGCCACCCAAAGAAACCCAGUACGAUCUUUUGAUCGAAGCAAGCGACCUUGCCAGCAUCCCGGGUCCUCGUUUCCUAGGAAUGAUCGAUAAGCAACUCGAGGACGGUCCGCAGCGAAUGGAGUUCCCUUCAUCGGGGUCGAUCGUGCUUCCAUCUGGCAACACUCGAGAAGUGGAAGAUUUGGUCAACACGGUUCGAUGGAUCUAUUACUUGGCCAAUCCGGAUGAGCCUGAAGAGGUGCCCGAUCAUGACGGUGAUGUCGCCAUGCUUCACUCGAAUAAGAAACCUCGCAGAGUCUUUAUCCAUUGCGCCGAUGGCUAUACCGAAAGUUCCCUCCUUGCAGUGGCGUAUUUCAUGUUUGCUGAAGGGGUUCCUGCCCAUGAGGCGUGGCUCAGACUGCACUGCGAAAAGAAGCGAAACUUCUUCACGUAUCCGACCGACGUCGCGCUCCUGAGUCACAUUCAACCUCGCCUGUUGCAGGGAAGUCCGGUGUCCCAUUCCCUUGAUACCUCCAGCAUGUGGGAUCCGCAGUGGUUCCUCAAAAUGGACGGCUCCUUGCCCAGCCGCAUUCUCCCCUACCUGUAUCUGGGCAAUCUCCAACACGCCAACAAUCCAGAACUUUUGGACAAGCUUGCCAUCAACCGCGUGUUGAGUAUCGGAGAGCCUGUUUCCUGGACUGAGGAAGAGCGUGUUGCGUGGGGACCGGAGAACUUGAUGUACAUUGACAACGUUCAAGACAACGGCAUCGAUUCGCUUUGGCAGGAGAUUGAUCGGUGCUUGGAGUUUAUUGAAAAAGGCAAGCGCGAUGGAUCCGCUACCCUGGUUCAUUGUCGGGUCGGAGUGUCCCGAUCCGCCAGCAUUUGCAUCGCCGAAGUUAUGGCCGCCAAGGGUCUCUCUUUCCCGCGAGCUUACUGUUUCGUUCGCGCUAGACGACUGAAUGUGAUUAUCCAGCCUCAUCUACGCUUUGUUUACGAGCUGCUUCAGUGGGAAGAGCUUCAAAUGAAGAAACGCAAUAUCCCCAUCAAACGCGAACUAGAGUGGCCUACUGUCGCUCGUGAGAUCGCACUGCUCAACAAGCCAUACUCGAGAUACUGA